AUGACGGAAGGUGUCAAGCAUUUGGAAACUCAAAUUUCAUUGACUAAAGUAAAUAAACAUGAACUACAAUCAUCGACCCAAAAUCGUCCAAAAGUAGCUUCAACGCGAUCCAGCACCUUCAGAAAAGUUCCAUAUACAAUCUUACAUUUAAGGGAAGAAAUCAUUAUAGUCAUUAUAACAAGUUUAUCAGGGAUUUGGUCAACGUUAUCAACAUCAAUUUACUUCCCAGCAUUACCACAAUUAUCAGAUGAUUUUCAACUAUCUCCACAAAUUAUUAAUAUAUCAAUAGUUUCAUAUUUGAUAUUUCAAGGUAUUACACCAACUUUAAUUGGUACAAUAUCAGAUUCAUAUGGAAGAAGACCAAGUAUAUUGAUAUGUUUAUUAAGUUAUUGUUUAAUAUGUAUAGCAAUAAGUUUUGUUAAUGUUUAUUGGGCAAUAGCAGUGUUAAGAUGUUUUCAAGCAGCUGCUAUUGCUCCAAUUAUAUCAGUCACUUCUGCAAUUAUGUCUGAUAUUACUGAAACUAAAAAUAGAGGAAAAUUCAUUGGAGCAAAUAUUGGAUUACAACUUGUUGGUCAAGCUUUUGGUUCUUUAAUUGGAUCAUUAUUACUUGCGAGUUUUGAUACUUGGAGAGUUUUAUUUCUAUUUUUAGCAAUUGGAAGUGGUUGUGUGAUGAUUGUUGUAUUGAUAGUUUUACCAGAAACUAAUAGAAAAUUAGUUGGAAAUUUAUCAGUCAAACCAACAAAUUUAUUGAGUAAAGCUCCAAUAAUUUACAUUCCUUAUUUUCAAAGCAGAUUAAACAAUGCAAAUGAGACUAUUCAAGAACGAACACCUGUAAACUAUUUGGACCCCUUCAAAAUUUUAUUUCAACCAAUGAUCUUCAUGAGUAUGUUGGCAAGCGGAUUCCAAUUUACUGCAUUCACAAUGUGUUUGACUUCUAUGUCUACUUCAUUACAAAUUGAUUAUGGAUUUUCAAUCAUUAAAGUUGGAUUAUGUUAUUUAGCUCCUGGAUUGGGAACAUUAUUAGGUUCAAUAAUAACGGGAAGAAUAAUCGAUUUACUUUAUGGACGUCAAAAAAAUAGACAUACAAUUAAAUAUUGUCAUUUAUCAAAAGAAGAAAGACCAGAAUUUAAUAUUAUAGAAAGUAGAUUUCAAACAUCAAUAUAUACAACCCUUUUGAUAAUAUUGUUCUUAAUAGUGUUUGGAUGGUGUCUACAAUUUCAAGUUCACAUUGCUCCCAUCUUGAUAUCCACAUUUUUAAUCUCGAUAGGAACAGUCUCAUUCAUGAGUUGUAUGAAUACUUUAUUAUUAGAUUUGUUUCCCGAUAAAGGGUCAUCGGCCACUGCUUGUUUGAAUAUCGUAAGAUGUUUACUUGCUGCUGCUGGAAUUGGUGCUUUACAGAGCUUGGUUGAUAGAAUUGGAAUUGGUGGUACUUACACAUUAAUGUCCAGCUUUGUACUAGCAUCAUUUAUAGUGCUAUUGGCAGUCAAAAGAUACAUACAGAAUCAAACUUAA